AUGUUUAACAAAGCAUUACCAUUAGUUGCAAAACUCACCACCCCAAAGGGUCUUACUUACAACCAACCAUUGGGUUUGUUUAUCAAUAAUGAAUUUGUUCAGCCAAAAUCCAAUAAAACAUUCGAAGUGUACUCCCCUUCCACUGGAGAAAAAAUCACCGAUGUCUAUGAAUCCUUAGCUGAAGAUGUUGACAUUGCAGUUGAUGCCGCAAAAACAGCUUAUGAUAAUGGAUGGGCUUCAGGUGCACCAGAACAAAGAGCAAAGAUUUUAUUCAAGUUGGCUGAUUUAGUUGAAGAGAAUUUGGAAACAUUGGCCCAAAUUGAAACUUGGGACAAUGGUAAAUCAUUGCAAAAUGCUAGAGGCGAUAUUGGAUUCACUGCUGCUUAUUUUAGAUCUUGUGGUGGAUGGGCUGAUAAAAUUAAUGGAAGUCAAAUCAAUACUGGCAGUAACUACCUCACCUAUACUCAAAGAGUUCCAUUAAUUUCUGGACAAAUUAUUCCUUGGAAUGCAUCCACACUUAUGGCAUCAUGGAAAUUGGGUCCAGUUAUUGCUACUGGUGGAACAACUGUCUUAAAACCAGCUGAACACACCCCAUUAGCCGUAUUAUACCUUGCUCAAUUAUUAGUUGAAGCAGGUAUGCCAAAGGGUGUUGUCAACAUUGUUCCAGGUUUUGGUGCCACUACUGGUGCUGCUAUUGCCAGUCACCCAAAUAUUGACAAGGUUGCUUUCACUGGUUCUACUGCUACUGGUAAGGUUAUUAUGAAAUUGGCUGCUGAUUCUAACUUGAAGAAGGUUACUUUGGAAUUGGGUGGUAAAUCCCCAAACAUUGUUUUCAACGAUGCCGACUUGGAUAAGACUGUUCAUAACUUGGUCAGUGGUGUUUUUAGCAAUUCUGGUGAAACUUGUGCUGCUGGAGCUCGUGUCUUAGUUCAAUCUGGUGUUUAUGAUGAAGUUGUUGCUAGAUUCAAGAAGGCUGCUGAAGCCAUUAAGGUUGGUGAUCCAUUUGAAGAAGAAACUUUUAUGGGUUCUCAAGUUAACGAAAUCCAAUUUUCCAAAAUUUUAGAAUUUGUUGAACUGGGUAAGGAACAAGGUGCUACUUUAGUUACUGGUGGAGAAAGAAUUGGUGACAAGGGUUACUUUAUCAAACCAACCAUUUUUGCUGACGUCAAGAAAGACAUGACUAUCUUCAAAGAAGAAAUUUUUGGUCCUGUUGCGUCUGUUAUUAAAUUUGAUACAAUUGACGAAGCAAUUGCGUUGGCUAAUGAUUCUGAAUACGGUUUAGCUGCCGGUGUUCAUACUACAAAUAUUAACACUGGUCUCCACGUUGCUAACAAUAUCAAGUCUGGGUCUGUUUGGGUCAACACUUAUAGUGAAUUGCACCCAAUGGUUCCAUUUGGUGGUUUUAAAUCUUCUGGUAUUGGCAGAGAAAUGGGUGAAGAGUCUUUCAAGGAAUAUACUGAAGUCAGAUCAGUUAGAGUUAAAUUAUAUCCAGAUGCUUAG